UUGAAUUUCUAUCAAGUCUCUGCGUCGUUUAUACUGAAAAAGGCUUUCUUCUCUCACCAUGAUUCACAGCCUGUUCUUGAUCAACUCUUCUGGGGAUUUUCUAGAGAAGCACUGGAAAAGUGUGGUUAGUCGUUCUGUUUGUGAUUACUUUUUUGGCCAGGAGAGAGCUACUGAGGCAGAAAAUGUGCCUCCUGUGAUUCCUACUCCUCAUCACUAUCUCCUAAGUGUUUAUCGCCACAAGAUCUUUUUUGUGGCUGUGAUCCAGACAGAGGUGCCACCCCUUUUUGUCAUUGAGUUCCUUCAUCGUGUGGUAGACACAUUUCAGGACUAUUUUGGAGUUUGUUCAGAACUAGUUAUCAAAGAUAAUGUUGUUGUGGUUUAUGAAGUACUGGAAGAGAUGUUAGACAAUGGGUUCCCAUUGGCUACUGAGUCAAACAUAUUGAAAGAGCUGAUAAAACCCCCUACUAUCCUUCGAACUGUUGUUAACACUAUCACAGGAAGCACAAAUGUGGGUGAUCACCUUCCCACUGGGCAGUUAUCAGUGGUACCAUGGCGACGGACGGGGGUGAAAUAUACUAAUAAUGAAGCGUAUUUUGAUGUGAUUGAGGAGAUCGACGCCAUCAUUGAUAAAUCAGGUUCUACAAUCACUGCUGAGAUCCAAGGAGUCAUUGAUGCUUGUGUCAAGCUGACAGGGAUGCCAGAUCUCACACUUUCCUUCAUGAAUCCUAGGUUGUUGGAUGACGUCAGCUUUCAUCCCUGUGUUCGUUUCAAACGCUGGGAAUCUGAGCGUAUCCUCUCCUUCAUCCCCCCUGAUGGAAACUUCCGCCUGCUCUCCUACCAUGUCAGUGCUCAGAACUUGGUUGCAAUUCCAGUGUAUGUCAAACAUAACAUCAGUUUCCGAGAUAGUAGCUCACUGGGACGCUUUGAGAUUACAGUGGGUCCCAAGCAGACUAUGGGAAAAACUAUAGAGGGAGUGAUGGUCACCAGCCAAAUGCCCAAAGGGGUCCUGAAUAUGACCCUUACUCCAUCUCAGGGUACUCACACUUUUGACCCAGUUACCAAGUUGCUCUCUUGGGAUGUAGGAAAAAUAAAUCCCCAAAAGCUGCCAAGUUUGAAGGGGACUAUGAGCCUUCAAGCUGGGGCUUCCAAACCUGAUGAGAACCCUACUAUCAACCUGCAAUUUAAAAUCCAGCAGCUGGCCAUCUCUGGAUUGAAAGUGAACCGUUUAGAUAUGUAUGGAGAAAAGUAUAAACCAUUCAAGGGCAUAAAAUACAUGACCAAAGCUGGGAAGUUUCAAGUCCGAACCUGAAAAGAGAAUCCCGGAUUGAGUGAAGAGCCAUGAAUAGUUUUCCCAUUUCGUCUUACCUAGAAGUAAAGAAUCAGGCUGUCUUCUGCACAUCAGUUUCUUCUUGGACCAACACUCUCCCUUUUUUCUGUGUUGAAUCUACUGAGCCUUUAGUCUCACUGAACAAAUGAAGGGAGGAGGAGGGUCACCAGGGAGAACUGGACAUAUCUGAAGUUGAAUCAGUGAUAAUUUCAUUCUCAAAGAGGAGAGGAAACACGGCAGAUUUGUUUGACUAUAUAUUGAACUCUUUUAAACAUGUUUUCUGAAGAAAAAGUUGUCAUAUGUUUCUUGCCUGACUUUUCUUUCUAAAACUAGGACAACAGUCCUUUCUAAAACACAGUGAUAAGAAAGUUAGAUCAUUUGAAUAAUGGUGAAUAUUAGUCAAGGAAGGGGCAACUGUGGACCUGACGUAUAUGGGAGGGACUGAAUAAGAAAUCCCUGGAGGAUACUUUUGUGUAAGGGAGGUUAUGUGUAGGAGGAUGAAUAGUAUGGGAAGUAAUUAAGAACCCCAUUCAGAGGAGGGUAGAAAGAAAUUAAAUUGUUAAGUUGGUUGAUUUCUUAUAAAUAGAGUUCUCUAAUUGUCAAAUAUUCACUAAAUUUGGACUGGAGUGAUAAAACUGGGAAUUCUCAAAAUUGUUUUAAACCCAUCCCAUAAAUGUUAAAAACCCAGUAGAAAAGAAAAUUGUCCUUGCAGAUCCACAAUCAUGUACAAAUUAUUCUGAGUUCCUGGCCAUUAUUUUUCAUCUCAAUGUCCAGAGGAGGUAAGAUUUUCCAUUAUUGGUAGAAAGGGAAAAGAUUCCCUCUCAUAGGAUAGUGACUAGACAAACUCUACAAUUCUCAUUACUCCUUACCUAAACAACCCCAAAUCAUUUUACUCACUACAUCUUCACUAAACUUCCUGCUACCUGCUUCUCCUCUGGCUUUCAUAAGGUGAAGAGGGGGAAAGUCAACUCCACAUAUCCCACCCUAGUUUGUUCAGGGAUGCCUCAGCACUGGGAAAUGAAGGGUCUCUUUGGGCAUAGAUUCCAUGGGAAAAAAUACUCAAGUUCCAUUCUUAAGGAGGUCAGAACUGGCCACCUGGAUCAUAAAGAAUGUGCUAGGAUUGCCUAACAGUUCACCUAGUCUUUGUUCUCAGUCACUGGGUGACUAAGUGGCUUGCAAUUUUCAUAAUGGUUCAAGGGUAUAUAUGGGAUUGAUUUAGAUAUUAAAAAGCCAUGAAAAUUCAUUUUUAGCUUAAGUGACGGUGCUAUUCCCUGUUUCCUGGCAGGAGUGGGUAGAAAGAAAUGAAAAAAAUAACCUAUUUCCUGAUCCUAUUUUUGCUGAUACUUGUAUGAAUUUUCAGUUUCAUAACUCUUUACUCUUCUGGACUUGUUUUUGCUAAUGAAUAGUAUGUAACUCUGUAUUGCACUGUAUUUUUCCUCUGGGAUAAACUGUGCUGUGAAUAGUGAAUUGUAUUUCUUCCCCAACUUUCCUAGGCAUUCCACGUUGUGUUUUAGGCACUGUGCAAAAAAGCAGCUGAGUCUCACUUCAGAAUCUGACUUAGGCUCAAAACCUGCUAUGGAAUCAUGUGAGCGUUGGAGUCUCCAUUUUAAGGGACUUCGUAGCACUUAGAAUCACCUCUUCCCAGGGCCCUGAAUGAUUUAUAGGCUUCCUGAGAUUACAGUGCAUAACCAGUGCAUCAUUUUUCAUAGUGUGAUAUAGUCCUGUUGUAACUUUGUAUGUGUGAGUUUCUAAGUUUAAAAUUCAAGAGGCUGUUCUCUUUCCUCUUGAGCUACUCAUGCUAAUUGCAGGUAAAACACCUAAAGAGGAAGGGUAGCAUCCUCCUGAGUGCAAGGCUAAACAUAUCAUAUGACAACUGUAUCAUCACCUGUGUAAUGGAUCUUUGGAGCAUGGUGGUCUAGCAUUCCAAACACACAGCUCUGUGUACCAUUGGAAUAAAUGAUGCAGGGUUGUCUCAGAAGAGCUGUUCACAUUCCAUGUGUUCAGCACAGACAGAAGAAGAUGCUCACCUAAACCUCAAUAAAGGUUAGUUUAACCAGA